UGGGAGGGAGGCACCUCCUCCUCCCGGCUGGGGCACCAGCAGGUCAGGCCCGGGACAAGCCCCCUUCUGCUCCUGAUGUGACUCCCCACGCUGGCUGGGGGCUCCGAGCAUGGCCGACACCAUCUUCGGCGGCGGCAGCCAUCAGUGGGUCUGCCCCAAUGACCGGCAGCUCGCCCUGCGAGCCAAGCUGCAGACAGGCUGGUCUGUGCACACCUACCAGACCGAGAAGCAGAGGAGGAGCCAGUGCCUCAGCCCGGCCGAGGUGGAGGCCAUCCUGCAGGUCAUCCAGAGGGCCGAGCGGCUGGACGUCCUGGAGCAGCAGAGGAUCGGGCGGCUGGUGGAGCGGCUGGACACCAUGAGGCGCAACGUGAUGGGGAACGGCCUGUCGCAGUGUCUGCUCUGCGGAGAGGUGCUGGGCUACCUGGGCAGCUCGUCGGUGUUCUGCAAAGACUGCAGGAAGAAAGUCUGCACCAAGUGUGGGAUCGAGGCCUGCCCUGGCCAGAAGCGGCCCCUGUGGCUGUGUAAGAUCUGCAGUGAGCAGAGAGAGGUCUGGAAGAGGUCGGGGGCCUGGUUCUACAAAGGGCUCCCCAAGUACAUCCUGCCCCUGAAGACCCCCGGCCGGGCUGACGACCCCCACUUACGACCUUUGCCUGUGGAGCCGGCUGAGCAAGAGCCCAGAAGCACGGAGACCAGUCGAGUCUACACGUGGGCCCGUGGGAGAGUGGUUUCCAGCGACAGUGACAGCGACUCGGAUCUCAGCUCCUCCAGCCUGGAGGACAGACUCCCGCCCCCUGGGCUCAGGGACCUGAGAGGCGGCAGAUCCCUGGGGGAAUCAGGUGGCAGCGUGGAGCCCCCCAAGAUGGAGGUCACCCCCCCACCCAGCCACCUGUCGGGGAGCCAGAGCAGCCUGGCCAGCGAGACCGGGACCGGCUCUGCAGACCCACAGAGGGGCACCCCACCCUGGCCGGACCCAAAGGGCCCCAGCAAAAGGCACGGCUGGGCGGGUCCCCGCUGCUGAUAUGGCCCGACCAGCCCUCCACCUGCCCUGGGCAGAGGCCUGUGGGUGCGCGGGGCAGGCUUUGCAGUCGGAAGAGUGAGAGGGCGCACCCGCACCUGGAGCCAGACCCUGCCGGCUCCUCCUGACAGUCCCGAGGCCGCACAUCCCCCGUCGGACGUGACCUCUGACUCAACCAGCCAGUGUUUGGGGUCUGAGUCUGCUCUGCCCACUCAGUGCC